UCUAUUGGUUAGAAAAUGAAAACCUGAUCAAUUGUUUUGAUUUUUUUUCCAAUUUUAAUUUGUUUUCAUUUUUUAAUCUUUUUAUUAAUCAAUUAAUUUUAAGAAUUUAUUGUAAUUACAAGUUUAAUUUCCAUUUAUUUUGUGUUUAAUUGUAAUAGUUGAUUUAGUUAUUGUGAAUUUCAAUUUUAUAUCACAUUAAACUCCUAUCGAUAAUUACAGUUGAUUCAACAAUCAAUUUAAAUGGCCUCUGAAGAUCGAACUCCUUUACAUGUAGCCGCUUCCGAAGGUGAUCUCAUUAAACUGAAAGAAAUUCUCAAAGAUCCUAAAGCGGAAUUAGAUCCUACAGAUGAGAUGGGAUGGACUCCAUUAAUGAUCGCUUGUUCGGCUGGAAGACUUGAUAUUGUCAAAGAAUUAAUCUCAGCUGGUGUGAACAUUAAUCGGCCCAAUAACAAUGGACAAACAGCCUUACAUUAUGCUGCCUCUAAAUCUCAUUUUGAAAUAUUUAAAUUGCUUCUUGAUUCUGGUGCUAAUGUUAAUCCACAAGAUAAAUAUGGAUCAACUCCUUUACAUAGAUCAUCUUCCAAAGGCAAUUCCAAGAUAGUUAAAUUACUCCUCGAAUCUCCAAAAAUUAAUAUCAACAUUCAAGACAAUUAUGGAAAUACACCUUUACAUUGUGCCUGUGAGGAAGAGCGAUUAGCUGAGUGUAAAUUGUUAAUUGAAUCGGGUGCUGACAUGGAAAUCGAGAACAAGGAAAAAAAGAAACCGUUGGAUAUGUGCUCAAGAUACGCAGUUAGACAAAGAAUAGAAUCCGGUGAUUUUGAUUAUGCUGAUACCAAACAUUAAUUACUAACAAUUAACUUGUAACCAAUGUCAAUAAGAUGAACAUGAAUAUCAAACUUAACUGAAUUAACUUUUCUCGAAGAAAACAAAAUUAAUGUAACAAACUUCAUCUCAAAAUCAGUUAAUUGUUCAUCAUAUAUAUUCAUUUAAUUUUUUGAUCCAACAAAACAAACAAACAAGACUCAACUAAUUACAAUUUAAUGUAACAAAUUAAAUUAAAUUGUUCAAACCAAAUUUAAACACUUCCAAAUAAAAUCUAUCAAUAAAACCACUUUAAUUAGA